CCGUCGUAAGCGAAAGCCAAAACAGAGUCUUUCACAGGGACAAUUGGUUUUGCAAACGCCUUGAAUUUAUCACUUCCUCCUUCCUUCGUCCCAUUCUUUCUCCACCAGCAAGCUCAGUCAGCCUCUCUCACCUUUAUCGAAUACCGCCGCCGUCCGGUGUAGCAGAUCCAGCUGCUAUUCUUCUUCUUCCUGUCCCUCCGCAAUGCUGGUUUAGAUCGCCGGAUUCGGUGUCUCUGAUCAGUGUUUUGCCUCCGAGCGCUUGACCGACGCACAGAAGGAAGCACCACCGCCGGCGAAUUGCGAGAAUGGGAGCAGUGCCUUCUUCCCCCGGUCACAGCGAGGCGCGUCCUGCGGAAACGGCGGAGUAUUUAGUUGGAACGUUUGUCGGUGAGAAAUCUUUCCCCUCGGUUCAGAUUUCUGGCAGAAACUGUUGGAGCUCCCUCUCCAUCUGCGGUGGCCUGCUGAUCGCGUUCGUGAAGCAUGUCAGCUGUUUGCACGAAACAACUCUUGCACCAGGCAUCUUGCGAAGAUACUCAUUCACCUGGCGCAGUGUUUGCAAGAGUGUAUGUCAGUUUCUGGUGCACCGUCACCCACGUAUGUGAAGGCUAGCAACGCAGCAUACAUUUCCUCUGUCUUUCUCAAGCACUUAAUAGAGAAUGCACAAAGCAACAGUGUUGAGGAGCUAUAUCUUUCACUGAAUGACAGCGAGCCAAUUCCUCCGAAUUUCGUCAUAGAUCAGAACGUUGAAAAUCUUGUCAUGCAUAAUGUCCUCAAGUUUAUUGGUUUGGUGGAUGUCAGCCCAAACACUAGCGGCCUGCAUCAGGAGUUGCUCAACUUCUUGUUUGUUGCGAUGUCAACUCAACUGCUCUACGGGCCAACUCCUGGGCCAGCAGAUAUGAACCCAUUCAUUGAUGCUGCAAUGACUCAGGAAAGUUCCUUGGUUACUAUGGUUGUUCAGAGGUUGCUGCUCAAUUACAUCAUGCGGCCUCGAAUCUCGUUGAAUGUUGGGUCUUAUCCUCCAUUUGGAGAGGCAGGGCAGCCUGGGGUGCUGCAAAGAGUGGGCUCCGCUGCUGCUAAUUUGGUCUUACUCCCAUUCAACUAUUUGGUAAGUUCAAGUGGGCAAGGUGUACGGAACCCGUUAGCAGAGUGCAGCCUCCAUGUGUUGCUUAUUCUUAAUUAUUACCGCAAAUGCAACCUGGCAGACGAGUCCAUAACAGAUAGAAGUGAUGACAGUGGAAUAUCAGAUUCUCUUUCAAAAUCAUUCGUCGAGAACCCUUACUGCAAAGCACUGGAGAAUAUGAGGGAUAUCGAUCUUGAUCGAGUGGAUAUUGAGAAGAACGCACACAAUCCUUCAGUUGUGAGAUUGCCAUUUGCGUCGCUUUUUGAUACUCUUGGCAUGUGCUUGACUGGUGAAACAGCAGCUUUAUUGCUUUACUCGUUGUUGCAUGGGAACUCUGAUUUCUUGGAAUAUGUUCUGGUGCGAACUGAUGUAGAUACAUUGUUGAUGCCAAUCCUGGAGACUCUAUACAAUACCUCAAGGAGGUCAUCUAAUCAUAUCUACAUUUUGUUGAUUAUACUUCUCAUAUUGAGUCAAGAUUCUUCGUUUAAUGCAAGCAUCCACAAGAUGAUAUUGGCUAGUGUUCCAUGGUAUCAAGAACAUCUUCUCCAUCAAACGUCUCUUGGCUCUUUGAUGGUGAUAAUCCUGAUAAGGACCGUGAAGUAUAAUCUUUCUAAAUUGAAGGAUCUCUAUUUGCACACAACUUGCCUGGCAACUUUGGCCAACAUGGCUCCUCAUGUGCAUCGUUUGAGUCCAUAUGCAUCACAGAGGCUGGUUAGCCUGUUCUACAUGCUCUCGCGCAAGUACAAUAAGCUUGCCGAGAGGAUUGAUGAGAAGAGAGGGAAGGGUGGGUCGGUUGUAGAGAACGACCUUGCACUUGAUAUGUCAGCAGAACUGCAUAUAUACGCUGAUUUCCUGAGAAUCGUGCUUGAAAUAUUAAAUGCCAUUUUAACCUAUGCUCUUCCUCGGAAUCCUGAGGUUGUGUACGCCAUCAUGCACCGGCAGGAGGUUUUCCAGCCUUUCAAAAGUCAUCCACGCUUCAAUGAAUUGAUUGAAAAUAUCUUUCUGGUUCUGGAUCAUUUCAACAGCCGAAUCGAUGCGCAGAAAGAAGAUGGUGAAUGGUCAGUGGAGAAGGUUCUCCAACUCAUAAUCAGCAUUUGUCGAUCGUGGCGGGGUGAAGGAAUGAAGAUGUUCACUCAAUUGCAUUUCUCGUAUGAGCAAGAGAGUCAUCCAGAGGAGUUCUUUACACCAUACAUCUGGCGGCUAACCUUUUCGCAAUGUGGAUACAGCUUCGAUCCCAGUGCCAUAAUUCUCUUCCCUCCUGAUUUGCCAUUGGUAAAACUUGAGAGUCAGGCCGGUGAAAAGAUGACCGGCCAUGAGAAUGGCGAGUUGAAAAAACGUCACGCUGUUCUGCUGGAUGUCUGAUGGUGAGGGCAUCAACUGCUUCGUAAAUGUUGGUAAUCGUCAAGUCACUUUUGUAUGUAAAUAUUUAUAUAAGAAGUUAGGGGAUCAACAUUUUUUCACCAUCUUCUCAUUGUUUCCCCGCCUGUCGUCUGUCGAUAUGCAUUGUAUCCGAGUAGCAGUUUUGCCCGUAUAGAAGGAUGAGAAACAUUACUUACUACUAGUCGCAUACAAGUACAAUCUUCACGAGGCAUAUGUCUACAAAAAUUAGUAAAUUACACAAAGGGACCACCCUUGACGUACUCGGUGAAGGCCAGGGCGACGAGGCCCAGCAUGGCGAAUCUACCGUUCCACAUCUCGGCAUCGGAGGUCAUUAACCCACCGGAUUUCGACUCCACGGUGAUCCCCUUGAACAACGGGAUCAAGGACGCGAGAGUGAAGACGACGCUGGUGGCGACGAACCAAGUGGUGCCUCCCUCGGAGAUCUGGGUGAACACGUCCUGACCCUUGGACAGCUCCACCGCCAGGGCGGCCACGAAGCCUACCAUCGCCAGCCUGCCGUUGAUCCUCUCCGGCGCCGGCCCGCUGAACGCGAGGACGUCGCCGAACUUGGUGCUCACCUUGGGCUUGGGUGGAGGAGGGGGAAUAGCUGGGAUUUGGGAUGUCGUUGGGGGUGCGGCUGCUGCGGGCUCGUUGGUCUGUCCAGUCUUCUCAUCCUGCAAUGGCCAUGCACAAGACGGCAUUUCUGCUCAGACGAGGAACGCUUGCUAUGCGAGGAAAGGAGUAGCUGGUGGUUCUGGCGCGGCUAGCCACAGAUGGGCUGGAGAAGAUUGUUUGCAAGGUCGACGAGGUCAAGGCCAUUUUAUCGAAAAUGUGUGGAAUUGCUUAAAUCUAACACAGAAGAAAACUCAAGCUUCAAACUUGUAACUACAGAAUUGAAGAAGGGUGAAUGAAGACUAUGUAUGAUGCUCUCAAGUUGCCGUUGGGUGGCAAUCAAUAUAAAGGGAAAGGGAAAAGGGGAAGUGAGGAUAUUUGAGGCUCCACGUCGGGUGGUAUCUUUUCCAGGAAAAAGGGGAUGACGUGGUUAGUUUCAGAGCCGUCAAUGGCUGCUCGGCCCCCACAGGCUACUGGGGAGGAGGAGGAAGAAGAACUUGAGGCCAGC